AUGGCUAAUUUUUCUUGCUUUCUUCUCGUUUUCCUCGUCCUUUAUUUCGCGAAUUCUUAUUCGAACGCGCAGAGUGUGCCGGCUAUGUACGUGUUUGGCGACUCCCUAGUUGACGUUGGUAACAACAAACACUUGUCGCUCUCCCUCCUUCGAGCAGAUUUCCCUCACAACGGGGUCGACUACCCUGGUGGAAAAGCCACUGGAAGGUUUUCCAAUGGCAAGAAUCCUGCAGAUUUCUUAGCUGAGAAGUUGGGUUUAACGACUGCACCACCAUAUCUUUCACAGCCCGACGACGUGUUUGUGAAAGGUGUAAGCUUUGCCUCGGGAGGAGCCGGAAUCUUCAACGCCACAAAUGAGGACGCUAUUAAACAAACAAUUCCAUUGCCAGUCCAACUCGGGUAUUUCUCUCGAGUACAUCAAAGACUAGUGAAACAACUAGGAACAGCCAGCGCCGAGGAGCACUUAUCCAAAUCACUGUUUCCAGUCGUAAUCGGGAGCAACGAUCUCAUUAACUUUUCCAAAUCCGGAAAUACCCCUCAACAAUUUGUUAAUCUCAUGGUUUCGUCUCUCAAAGAAGUGCUCAAGGGAUUGCAUGGUCUAGGGGCACGUAAAUUUUUGAUUGUUGGCACUGCACCAAUUGGCUGCGCCCCAAAGCAAAGAUUUCAAAGUACAACUAAUGAAUGCAAUGCAGAAGUAAACUCCUUGUCGAAAAAUUACAACCAAGGACUCCAAUCAAUGUUGCAAGACUUGAAAUCAGAGCUUAAGAACAUACACUACACUUAUCUCGAUACAUACAGUAUCUUUACAAACUUUAUCGACAAUCCCACAACUUAUGGUUUCAAUGAGACUAAGGCUGCUUGUUGUGGACUAGGGAAAUUGAGAGCCAGGGUUCCUUGCACCCCAGUUUCAGAAUAUUGUUCGAACAGAAGUAAUCAUGUUUUUUGGGACGUAUACCAUCCUACACAGACAACAGCUCGUACUUUUAUUGACAUUCUUUUUAGUAAUUCACAAGAAUAUGUAACCCCCAUUACUAUCCAACAAUUGACUGCUAUAUGA